AUGCGUAACCAUCACCCAAGCAAAGCAUCAUCUGCCUUUCCCCUCGCGCUCGUCAUUUCAGACGUCUUUACGCCCAAAAAUCUUGCAUUUACUGCUAGCGGCACCUCUGUAGGGUCAACGAUCCCGGAGGAAGACAGCCGGGGACUCUUGAGCGGUAUCCGCCCGGACUUACCCACCAGGAUGUCAGAGAACUCUGACUAUACGUCAGGGAACUCGGGAAACUCCCGAUCUCCAAGGAAUAUAAACAACUCGGGCAAUUACGACUAUCCUCCAGCGUCGCUGCCUCGACCCUCCCGGUUCUAUGAUGGUCAGCUUAGCGAGCAGUCAUUCCGUGAACGCUAUCCACACACACAAGACCUGAUCGAUACGCUGAGCAUUCAACAGAAUCCUAACUCCGUGGACAUCACCUCGUCGCCCUGGGUUCGUUUGAUCGAUAACGUCGGCAACGCUGAUCUAUCUACCGAUUCCAGGUUGAGUGAACUACUCAGGAUAGCCGCAGAGCGAACGGAUUCCCCAGAAGGAGAUCACGACGAGUUUGCACGGAGCACAGAGCCCGCCAGAUCAUCUACUCGUGAUAGCCUGCAUUACCUGCGAAGCCUUCUUCAGUCUGAGGAUAGCCGAUUCAGCGCCGAAGAAACAAGUCGUGCGUUAGAGACCUUGAAUCAAGAACUCGACGAACUUGGUGUCCCCGGGUGGUCUCCGUACAAUAGACACGGUGGAAAUCGUCCUGAAUCCACGGCGUCUUUUCGUAUUCCUCGCCCACCGCCAGUUGACUUGGUUCCGCCUCGGCCAGCCCGGAGAGCUCUGUGGGACCAGGUCCCAACCGACCCCAGCUCCAUGAACAACAAUACCUCAGAUACACAUUCAGAUCCUUCCCGCCCGACAACAAGCUACAGAAGUCUUCGUCGCAGGGCGGUUCGUCCUGACCUACGCAGUGCCAGCAAUCUCACCGAUCCAAUAGCCUUUCCGCCACUCAUGCCUCAGUCAGGCCCCUCUUCGUCGAGUCGAGAUAGCCACGGUCGGCUGAAACGGCGGAAGCUCGACUCCGACGAUCAUCGUGAAGGCUUACGGGGGUUUAACUACGGCCACAGGGGGCAGGUGGUUUCCGGUCCUUUGAAAAUGGAGAUUGCCAGCUGUGAUGGAGGCACUUUUGAGCCCGAGGGAGACAGUUCACACCCCGACAACGUCCUUCGUAAUGAUCAGUCCGUCUAUUGUACCAAGUCCAGCCGCUGCAACAUUGUUCUCCGACAUCGCGGCGAAGCGCCCUUCUGCUUGAGGAAACUCGUCAUCAAGGCCCCACGAACGGGGUUUGAUUCUCCCAUUCAGGAAGGCAUGAUAUUUGUGUCCAUGACAGCCGAUGAUUUGCUAUCCCGCACUGCGCAAUACCAGAUUCAAUACUCUCACGCGCGCCGUCGACGCCGCAACAGACGCUCCGGUCUGCAACCAUCUCAAGAGUACCUGAAUUCUUACCAAUCUCCAAUGCAAACUUCCACCCGAGCUUCCUCGGCAGUCUCAACCACCCAGCUGACGUCUGAAAAUGCUGCUCCUGGCCAAGACGCCUCCGAUCCACAGUCUGAUUUUCGGGUGAUGGUUGAUUAUGACGAUAAUUCUGAUGAUCAUCUGUUUGUGGAUCACGACGAUGACGAGGGCCCAUCUGUCAUGGAACUAGAAAGAGUGCAGGAAGAUGAGGAUGAGUGCUCAGAUAGCUCAGAGAGCACGAGUGAUGAUGAAGAUGACGAGACCACCACGGACAGCGUCUACCGUCGUCGUAUGGAGCUCCAGCGUCAACACAGACGCCGCUUUGGUAGUCUUGUGGAUCCUCGUUCCCCUCAUUCUUCUGCCCCGGCUGCAGCGUUGGUGGGCACGUCGUUAAACGGCGAAGUAAUGAAACCCCAUGCACGGUUUUUCAUUGAGCGUGAGAAGAGUAUGGUCAGCAUCAAAUUUGACCCGCCACCUUCUGGUCGAUACAUUUUGAUCAAAUUAUGGAGCCCCCGCAGCGAUGGUAACAUAGACAUUCAAAGCAUCAUUGCCCAUGGGUUUGCGGGGCCACGAUUCUUCCCCAGCGGUGGACUUCGGUGA